GGCUGGGGUGUCGGUGAUGGGGUCCCGGAGCCUGUAAGGGCCAGGUGUGUCACCUGGAGCUCGGUGCCCCGCAGAGACUGGACCAAGGUCGAGGUCCUAAGAUUGCCCUGGUGAGAAUGUGGCCCCUUUAACAGAGGGGAGGCGUGGUUGGACGGUGUUCCUUCCUCAAUUAUGACGGAAGGCCGGCCUCACCUGCUCCUGGGAGCCACCUGAUUCGCUCCAGGAAGGGGCCCACCUGACUCACAGCCUGGGAGCCUGAUGACCCGCUCCCGGGGGUGGGCGCCUGACUCGCCUCCCACGGACGCACUAGGCUUCCAGCACCCGCUGACUCCCCCGGGAGGAUUCCUGACUCGAGGCCUGGGAGGCUGCUGAGUCGCUCCCGGGGGCCACCGCACUCCCACCGACUCGCUCCAGAGGACCGAGUGCAGGGGCUCCGGGAGCCUCAGCCUCCUGGCCCGCGUCUCCCGUGAACCCUCCGGGGGAAGCUGCCCUUUAUCCUGUGAGCGGCCGCGCAGGGGUGUCCGGAGAGACUGGGUCCCGGUGGAGGAAACCCCCCCUCCGGCCCCAGAUGUGUCGGCUCAAGGGCGACAGCGGCGUCCCAUGUCAGGGCUGCCUAGUUUAAGUCUGCCGGAGUCCAGUUGUCCCGCGGAGGGCAUGACCCACCCAGGACCCCGAGGGACGCAGCAGCACUGAAAACUCUGAAAACGCUGUAGGUGGGCGAAGGGCGGAACCUAGCCUACGGGGGGCGGGGCCUCCCAUGCAAAUCACGUAGGCGGGGGCGGAGCCAUACUCUGGAAACUUAGAAGAGGCGGGGCUGUACACGCAGACCGCGGCCGAGGCCGAAGCCGGGCGGGGCCGCGCCUGUAAAUCGUUCGGACUGAGGCCUCGGAGGGAGCCGGGUCCGGUUCCUCGGAGGCACUGACGAAGGCCGGCACCCUGGGGGCGGUGCCGAGCGUGUACAUCCUUUAGAACCGCUGGUCCGCGGAGGAGGCGGGGACGGGCUCCCGCAGGACACCUCCGCGGACAGCCGGGCGCCAGGCCCGGGACCGGAGGCCCCGCGAGCGCGCGUGCGCGACUCCCGCGCGGCGGGGCGGGUGACGUCACGGCCGGGCUUCGCGGCGGCCCGGCGGCGCUUCCGGAGCACUCCGCUCCCAUGGCGGCCGAGCCCGCGCCGCCGCCCGCCUGCCGCUUCUUCCUGGAGGGCCGCUGUCGCUUCGGCGCCCGCUGCCGCCAGCCCCACCCCGGGGCGCCGGCGUCGGCACGGCCUAACCGCGAGGCCGAGGCCGAGGCCAAGAAACCGCCGCUGCGCACGGCCUCGGCCGUCAUCCAGCGCAUCCGCUGGGACCCGCGCCUCGACCCGGCCGACUUCUCUGUGGGCUACGCCGACCGCUUCCUGGGCGUGCGCGAGGAGCCCUUCUGCGCCUUCUGCUGGGACGAGCCGCUGGCGGCGCUGGGGCCCGGCGUCCUGGCAGUGCCGCAGCACCGGGUGCGCUACUUCCGCUUCCGGGGCCGCCUCGUGUGGGACCGCGCCUCGCGCACCGACCUCGUCUUUGGCUCGGGCUCGGCGGCGGGUCGCGGACCCACCAUCCUGGACGCGCUCGACGGCGAGGACGCCCACGGGCCCCGGGAAGCACUCGACGGCGAGGACGCACGUGCCAGCGAAGAAGCCCAUGGGUCUUGGGACCCGCGGGCCAGCGAGGACGCCCGUGUCAGUGGAGACGCCCACGGGCCCCGGGACACGCACGACGGCGAGGACUCGCGUGCCUGUGAAGACAUUCACGGGGCCCGGGACGAGUGCGACAGUGAGGAUGCCCACAGCCCCCAGGAUGCGCACGGUGGCGAGGACGCCCGCGGGUCCCGGCGUGUGCACGGCAGCAGUGAGAACACGCUCCACAGCGUAGCUGCCGCCCCCACUGACGUCCGAACGGAAGAGCGCAGAGUGCCCCACUGGACAGAGCUAGAAGGGGUGCGGAGGCCGGCCACCGUAGCCAGGACCACGGAGUCACGGGGGGAGGCGCAGGUCCAGGGUGCCCCAGGACGGCCCGUGGGGGAUUUCCCGGAAACGGAAGCAGAGUGGGGUCCUGGGGCCUGGCCCUUGGACGGUGGAGAGGCUGCUGGCGCCAGGGCCGCGGGGCCUCGCCAGCCCCGUCCCACGCAUUUUGUGGCUCUCAUGGUGACUGAUCCCCGGCUGCAGGCGGGCGUGGCCAAGGCCCAAGAAGAGCUGGUCCGAGCUGCACCCUGGUGCGCUACGUUCAUGGUACCCGCGGGCGCCCUGCACCUGACACUGGCCCUCCUGAGACUAGCAGGCCCUGGGGAGGUAGCUGCGGCCCUCGGUGCACUGAGACGUGCGCUCUCAGCCCCAGGGCUUCAGGCACCCCCGCAGCUGAGGUUUCAGCGCCUGCUUCUCCUGAAGCACCAUGUACUCUGUGCCCCUCCCUGGCCCUCCCUAGAAAACAUGGCCCAAGUGUUGCAACAGAGGCUGGAAGCGGAGGGGCUCAGAGUAGUUCAGCCCCUAGGGGGGCUGCACCCCCACCUCACCCUAGCGAAGGUGCCCCAGGGUUCUCAAGUCUGCCUCCCUGAGCCCGACGUCAUCCCAGGACAGGAGCUGGGGAGCCAACCCCUGGGGAAAGUUUGGUUGUGCCGCACGGGCAGGGCAGGAGAGACCUACCAGCCCCUGGCCGAGAUGCCCCUGGGGUGACGGCCCCCCUCAGACCUCUGGAGGAGACAGAUCUCCAGCCCAAAGAACCGGAGAAGAUCCAGUCUAAGCAGGAAGAAACAAAGUGCUCUCUCUCUCUCUCUCUCUUUAAUUUUGGUUUCUCUCAAGCUUCCAAAUGGUGCUCAGUGAUCCAAGGAAAAGAAUGAAGGAAGGAGAAGGGAGGGAAGAGGGAAGGGAGGGGAGGCAGAGGAGGAACAUCUGGAAAAGAAGCAGCCUGACAGUCCAGCUGUUUGCAAACUCAUUGCACAUCCUCCAGUUACAUGGCAGAAGAGGGGGGGGCAAAAAGAAAAAGGGGAGGAAGAAAAUAACUUAAAUAAACACACACAAAAAGAAAAGAGAAGGAAACAUGACGUGAGCUGGUGAUCCAUGAAGGCAGGGAGGGAGGGAGGGUAACCGUUUUACCUGUGCUGAACCAAGGAAGGGUGGGGGGCAGGAGGAGGAGGGAGGGAAGGAAAAAAAAA